UGAGCGCCAGGUGGCGGCGUUUGUCGUUUUUUAGCUCGGCCUCAGGCGCCACUGGUAGCGCACAGUGCAUGAUCCCUGUGUGUUUUUGGAAACCAGCAUUUCUAACCUGUGUGAGGCAGAGCCAGGAGGAGAGCUGUGGACUGGACUGGACUCAGCGACACAUCUCAACAACACUGAAUGCAUUUACAAGCUUUUAGUCGCUUUGGAAACUGAAGUGGUCAAUGCCAACGGUUCCCCCGACGGCGAUGGGCUGGUGUGCAGGUGAGCCAACGUGAGAAGAGGCUCCCCCGAAGGAACCGCCUCGCACAUGGGAACCGUGUCACCAAACCUUAUCCGCGAUUUAACACUUUGAAGACGGACUCUGGAGCACAGAGACAUGUCUAGAGACAACAUGACAGAUGUACGAGGCGCGCAUUCAGCUAAGGAGAAUGGACACAUCGCUCCCAGCCCCGCUCAGCCCAACUUUCCCCAUCCAUCAACGGGGGAAAUACCCGAAGACACCCCGGUGUCCUCGACCAGCGAGCUGACCCAAACCUGGGUUCAUGUUGCUAAAACAUUUAUACUUAUUUUUCCCAUUUACGCAUUGGGAUAUUUUGAGUUCAGUUUCAGCUGGCUUUUGAUUGGACUUGUUAUCUUUUUCUGGUGGAGGAGAAACAUUGGAGGAAAGCACAGCCGACUGAGCCAAGCUAUAGCUUUCUUUGAGCAAGAGGAGAGAAGUAUCAAGCAGAGUCUCACAACCUCUGAUCUGCCACCAUGGGUCCACUUUCCAGACAUAGAGCGAGUGGAGUGGCUAAACAAGACAGUGAAACAGAUGUGGCCGUACAUCUGCCAGUUUGUGGAGAAGCUGUUCCACGAGACAAUCGAGCCGGCAGUGAAGGAAUCCAACGCCCACCUCAGCACCUUCUGUUUCAGCAAGAUCGACAUGGGAAACAAACCCUUGAGGGUCAACGGGGUCAAGGUUUAUACAGAAAAUGUGGAUAAGCGGCAGAUCAUCAUGGACCUACAGAUCAGCUUUGUUGGCAACACUGAGAUUGACGUAGACAUCAAACGUUACUACUGCAAAGCCGGCAUUAAGAGCAUCCAGAUCCACGGCGUGUUGAGAGUGGUGAUGGAGCCGUUGCUGGGUGAUAUGCCUCUCGUUGGAGCUCUGUCUAUGUUCUUUCUGAAGAAGCCACUCGUGGACAUAAACUGGACUGGACUCACUAAUAUACUUGACAUUCCUGGGCUCAAUGGCUUCUCUGACAACCUUAUUCAAGACAUUAUCUACAGCUAUCUGGUUCUACCCAACCGAAUCACUGUCCCACUGGUCAGGGAUGUGGAACUGGCCAAGCUACGCUUUCCCAUGCCAAAGGGAGUCCUCAGGAUUCACUUCUUGGAGGCUCAGGAUCUGGAAGGGAAGGAUACAUUUCUGGGAGGGCUAAUCAAAGGCAAGUCGGACCCGUACGGCGUCUUGCAGAUCGGCAACCAGCUAUUCCAGAGCAAGGCGGUGAAGGAGACCCUGCAUCCCAAGUGGAACGAAGUUUACGAGGCUUUGGUGUACGAGCACUCGGGUCAACACCUGGAGAUUGAGCUGUUUGACGAGGAUCCUGACAAAGAUGAUUUCCUGGGAAGCCUGAUGAUCGAUAUGACUGAGCUGCACAAAGAACAGAAGGUUGAUGAGUGGUUCAAUCUGGAAGAAGCCCCUACUGGGAAACUUCACUUAAAACUGGAGUGGCUUUCUCUGCUCUCCACUCCUGAGAAGUUGGACCAGGUGCUGCGAAGUGUGCGUGCAGACAGAAGCCUGGCCAACGACGGUCUAUCAUCAGCACUGCUUGUGAUCUUUCUGGACUCAGCAAAGAACCUUCCUUCUGGGAAGAAGAGUAGCAGCGAACCCAGUCCUUAUGUCCAGCUGACUGUCGGACACAAAACACUUGAAAGUAAGAUCCGGCACAAGAGCAAGGAGCCGCUGUGGGAAGAUUGUUUCUCGUUCUUUGUCCACAAUCCCCGGAGGCAGGAGCUCGAGCUGGAGGUAAAAGAUGACAAGAACAAAUGCACCCUGGGUAAUUUGACGGUGCCUUUGAGCAGCCUGUUGGAGGAGGAGGACAUGACGCUGACUCAGUGCUUUCCUCUCAGGAACUCCGGUCCCAGCUCCACCAUCAAACUCAAGAUGGCCCUGCGGAUCCUGUCUCUUGAGAAGCAGGUCUCCUCAGACCAGCCGUCCUCCGUCCAGGUCAGGAAGUCCAGUGUGCCGCAGCCGACCCCAGCCCCCAUCCAGAGACGAUCGGUUUCAGACUCGCCGCUGCCUCCGCCUACGCCUCCUCCUCCUAUAGACGCCUCCACCCUCACGCUCCAGCAGAGGGACGGCGAGCCGUAUUCGGCAAGCCCUCUGCGCAGUCUCUCCAACCUGAGCACCGGCAUGUCGAGCUCCCAGAAAUACCUGCCUCACAAGGAGUCCACGCCAAGCCUGGCCUCGGAUAUCUCCCUGCCCUUCGCCACCUUGGAGCUUCAGCAAAGGCUCCGUCAGCUGCAGAACGGCUCGGCCCCCAGCCAGUACCCCCUGGGUGAGGUCCAACUGACUGUCCGACACAGCUCCCAGAGGAACAAACUCAUUGUGGUGGUGCACGCCUGCCGUAACUUGAUAGCCUUCACCAAAGACGGCUCCGAUCCCUUCAUCCGCCUCUAUUUGCUGCCUGACAAGAGCCGGACGGGGAGAAGGAAGACGAGCACAAUGAAGAGGACCCUCAACCCAGUUUAUGAUCAAACGUUUGAGUUCAGUGUAUCUAUGGUGGAGCUCCACAGGAGAACUCUGGAUGUAGCAGUGAAGAACGGAGGGAGCCUCCUGUCCAAACACAAAGGGCUUUUGGGAAAGGUGCUGGUAGAUUUAAGUGGAGAGGAUAUAUCAAAAGGAUGGACACAGUGGUACGAUCUGAGUGAAGACGGUGUGUCAACUCAAGGAAUCAGAAGCAUUCAAGACUCCCUCCUCACAUAAUGACGCCACCUCUCUGCUGUAAUAUAGUGAUCUUGUUAAUAUAAGGGCACAUCAUUUUGUUGCACUCACUUUUCAUAUAGUUUACAGGACUUAUUUCAGCAUGCAACAAUUUUUUCAAACAUUUCCGAUCUUAUUUCCAUCACUGAUGAUUUCAUGACGACGCUGGGAGAGUGUUGUAACUUAUUGUAAUGCGUUGACACACUAACUGCCUUGUCUCUGUUUUCAGUGUUUUAUGUAAAUAUGGAGUUGCCGAUAUAUAAGAAUUUGCAGGGGUAUUCAUGGCAUUUUGUUUCCUUGAGGGGAAUUAUAUGGAAAUCUGUCAGAAUCGUUAUUGCUUUCUGUCCAGUUUGUUCAAAUGUGCGAAACUGUGUUUUGUCGUCUGAGAAAACUCUUACCAAAGGAACAGAUACAAUCACAAAAGUAGGCUUUAGGUAGCAGAGCAGGCUUGACUUUGAUUUUUUUUUUGUCAUGCAGUGUUAUUUGAUUGUUUACCUC